AAAUUGAAAUUAUUUCGAUUCCCCAUCUGUUUGUCUUUAUUUGGUCGAAUCGCCGUCUUCCUCUCCUUCAUGUUUGUUAAAAUAUCCUGUUUGAUUCCUCCAGGAACUGUCCAAUUUAGAGAAGAAAGGAGAAAAAAUAGAAUAUUCAGAGUCCGCCAACUUUCCUUUCCCACCAAAUGGAUUUUGUUGUUUUCCACAAUUAAAUAUUUACAUCCGAGCAUCAUGCACCCGGAGGCUUUAUAGCGGUUGUCUCUUGACUUCGAUCUAAGAGGCUGUAGCUAUGGAUUCUCGUGACGAAGAGACACCGCUGGUUGUUAAUGAUUUGCAGAUACAAACGCCGAAGAACUAUGCCAAAGAUGUUUACAUUUUGAGCUCUUCCUUCCUGUUGGUAUUCCUUGCCUACGGAGCUGCUCAGAAUCUGGAGACUACUGUCUACAAGGAUUUGGGAACAAUUUCUUUGGGGAUAUUAUACGUGUCUUUCAUGUUUUGCUCUAUGGUUGCCUCUCCGGUGGUUCGGUUUUUGGGAUCCAAGAAUGCUUUGAUUUUGGGGACUACGGGUUAUUGGCUGUUCAUUGCUGCAAAUUUGGUGCCGUCAUGGUAUACAAUGGUACCAGCUUCUCUAUACCUCGGGUUUGCAGCUUCAAUAAUAUGGGUUGGGCAGGGGACAUAUCUUACCUCAAUUGCACGUGAUCAUGCUAAAGACUAUAAUUUGCAUGAAGGAUCAGUGAUUGGAAACUUCAAUGGGGUAUUUUGGGGAAUGUUUGCCUGCCACCAGCUGGCUGGAAAUCUUGUUUCACUUGCAGUGCUGAGAGAUGAAAAGUUAUGUGCUGUACUUAAUGAGGGAAGUACCAGUGGCACUACAUUAUUGUUCACGGUGUUCCUUUGCAUUGUGACAUUAGGGUGCAUACUUAUGUUCUUCAUACGUAAAUCAGAUGGUAAAUGCGAGAAAGGGUCUCCAAAUUCUUCUGUCAGUUUUUAUUCCUCUUUGGUGUCUCUGUUAAAGUCAAUAAUCACUCCGUUGCUCGAUAUACGGAUGCUAUUAAUUGUCCCCCUCAUGGCAUAUUCAGGAUUACAACAGGCGUUUGUAUGGGCUGAAUUCACCAAGGAUGUUGUAAAACCAGCAAUUGGUGUAUCUGGCGUUGCUGGAGCAAUGGCUGUUUAUGGGGCUUUUGAUGCAAUAUGUUCGCUGACUGCUGGUCGACUUACUUCUGGUCUCUCAUCAAUCACCUUUAUAGUUUGUGGUGGAUUGUUUGCUCAUGCCAUUAUUUUCCUUUGGCUACUGCUGAAAUAUAGUGUUACUGGUGGGAUACUCGGUACCAUAUAUCCACUUAUCAUGGCAGCAAUAUUAGGCAUUGGUGAUGGAGUAUUGAUGACACAGCUCAGUGCUCUGCUUGGAAUUCUCUUCGAGCAUGAUACGGAAGGAGCAUUUGCACAGUUGAAGGUAUGGCAGAGUGCUGCUAUUGCAGUGGUGUUCUUUCUCUGCCCAUAUAUCUCACUGCAAACCAUGUUGGUGAUUAUGGUAUCUGGAAUCUCUGUUUCGUUGCUGGCCUUCCUCUUUCUAGCUCUUCAAGUGGAGAAAGUAUUCUCCUCUCACAGUCACACUCCCUGAUAACGAUGUAAAAUAUUCAACUGUUAAAUACUUUUAUUUCUAUCAGAGUUUUAGUCAUAUGCCGCUUAUUAUGAAGCAAUGUAUCAUACAUAUAUAUAUAUAUGUGUGAUACAAAUAUUGUACACUUAUGACACUUGUUGUUGUUUUAAUCAUAUCAAAACUUUUUACUAUA